UACGUCACUCUGCCAAUCGCGAGAGCGCGCGCAGUCUCAAAACAAACAAACACAAAAAAAAACUGCUGAGCUCCGCAACUUCUGUCAGGAUAAAACUACAACCACAGACACACAGAGGAGGAAACCCGCAGGAUUAAAAUGGACUGGUUCCACUGUAAUCAGUGCUUCACAAGGAGGGGGUCAAAGUUUCUUGUGUCCAGCUGUGGCCACAUCUGCUGUGAAGCAUGCAUUAAAUCUAAGCAGUGCAGUGUGUGUGGGGCCAGCUGCAGUUAUCUGCCCAUUACAGAUGAGAUGAAGCCACAGGAAAAGGUUUUUUUCAAGGACCCUGUAAAGCUCAUCCAAUCACGGCUGCAACACAUUUCACAGAUUGCGCUUUUUCAGCAGACACAGAUGGAGAGAGUCACGGCACACUUUAAGCAUAAGUCUAUCGAACUGGAAAGGCAUCUGAAGGAAGUCAGUGAGCAGAGUUACAGGCAACUCUCCAAGCUGAAAAGAGAGAACGCUGACUUGAAAAAGCAGCUUUCAGAGCUGAAAAGAGAAACUGCCGAAUUGAAAAAGCCACUUUCUCAGAGAAGGGUUUCUCCAGGACAGUCACAGAUAGAUGGUACUCAAAGAAUGUCACUCCCUGUGGCCGUCACCUCUCCAGUUACCCCUCGUUCAAGAACUGUGAGUGACUUGCAGGGAUGGGCCAGAGACAGAGGUCCCAGUCUAUCUUCCCUCACAACUCCUGGAUCAACUACCUCCAUAUCUAGCCAUAGUUCUCUUCAUGAACAUCUACACAGAACACCCACAUCCUUUGGCACUCCUACGGGAACACAGCGUCAGAAUCCUAAUGUUUUCCAGUUCCAGUUCAUGAGUGGAUUGUCAAUACAGUCACCCAGACGUUAAUGAAAUGCCUUGUGGGGACAUUUUUGUCAGUUAAGUUCAUCAGGACUGCAAUGUCUUAUCUCUGUUGAAGGUACAAAUUUGUUAUUGCACAGAAACGCUUGUCAGCAAUGAUUGCAUGUCUUGUACAUUGUUGAGUACAGGGUACUUAAUUGUUAAGCUUAUAUUGAUGUACCAUGUGUUUAGGAAUUAGCAAUACUGUCUUUCGGUUGACUCAUGGUCAUAUAUUUCUUGUGGCAAUUUGUACAGCAAAUUAUAUUAAAAAAAACGUGUAUGCACAUUUAAUUUCACAGGCAAUUGCGCUUUGCUCACACACUUUACACUGAUGAAAAAAUAAAAUUUAAGCAGUCAGAAUCAGUUGGAGUCAUUACAGCACACAAAAAACAUUGCUGGCACACAAUUAUGAAGGCAAAUCCUUUACUGGUUUCCAGUGACACAAUUGUGCAAAUGGGAACAGGAAAACAUACAAUGAAAACAUCUGCAAAGGAAGACACUAAGUGUUAUGGAUAUUUCUCCACAGCAUGACACUUGAAUUAACUUUUCAUUAACAGAAUGACAAAACACAGUGAUGACACUGCUUUACCAACAUUCUGCUCAUCUAAACUUUUUCCAGACAUUUCUAAUUAACUAAACUCUGACUCCAUUUAAAGCCCACAUCACCCGUGUAGGUUAACUAAUAAGUACUAUAGAGUAUGGAGUUUUUCUGAACUGAUAACCAUAAUGUGUAAAGUUCUACAAUUCAUAAUCCGAUUUAACAGAAUGGUAUUUUCUUUUUCUUUGGAUUCAAACCCUUUGCUACUAUGCAGUACAUGGACUCAAUUAUGUUAUCUAUUUUGUCUAUAUUAUAAACCAUCAAGUCACAUCCUACACCUAAAACAAAGGAGAUGUAAAAAUACUGACUGAAUCAAUGAGUGCAAAUCAAAACUGAAGUUCGCAAUCCUGAAAUCUCUAUGACGUUUAUGUGAUGUUGUGCUGCUUUCUCAGUACUGUUAGCCCUAAAGAAAAAAGAAAAAAAAGAAAUGGAAAUGAUAAGCAAAGUAUUAAAACAGUAAGUCAAGUAUUACAGCAGAGUGUCUAAAAGACAGCUGGGAAAUGUGUUUCAGAAAUGAAAUGUACUGUAGACAGUAGUAAAAUUCAAUUCAUCAUGUUGUUUUCUAAAAAUCAUUAUAACUGGUUUCAGUGU